AUGACGCAUCGCGCCGCGGCGUUGGCGUUCGCGCUCGCGACGUUGCUCGCGUCCGGCGUCGUCGUCGCCGCGCCGGAGCCGGACGCGCUCGGGGAACUCCGCGUCGCGAACGCGUCGUCGUCGUCGUCGUCGUCGUCGUCGUCCGCGCGACGGCGCCUCACGUUCGCGAGCCGCUCCCGAGGCGGCGAACCGUCGAGCGGCGCGUCCGCGUCCGAGCCGCCGAGGGACCUGGAGUGGCUCCUCCGCGCGACCUCCGCGUCGCCGCGAAGACGAGAGGACUGGCGCGACGGCCUCGGGUUCGCGACCGCGAUCGACGCGCUGUCGCCGUCCGACGUCGACGCGCUGCUCUCGCUCUCGGACGACGACUUCCGCGCGAUCCCGACGGAGACGCGACGCGCGGCGGUGAAGGCGUCCGUGCAGCACGCGUGGCGCGGGUACCGCGACCACGCGUGGCCGCACGACGAGCUCGCGCCGUUGUCGCGAUCGGGGCUGAGGUGGCUCGACGUCGGCGUCACGAUCGUGGACGCGCUGGACACGCUGCUGAUCGUCGGGCUGGACGACGACGCGGCGGAGGCCAUCUCGUGGAUCGCGGGCGGCGGCGGCGGCGACGGCGACGGGACCGGCGCGACCGCCGCGGCCGCCGAAACGCGCGGCGGCGGGCUGACGUUCGACUCGGACGUCAACGCGAACGUGUUCGAGGCGACGAUUCGCGUGCUCGGCGGGCUCACGUCCGCGCAUAAACUCGGCGGGGACACGCGCGACGGCGGCGUGUUGCGGAAAGCGCUCGACCUCGCGGAGAAGCUGCUGCCCGCGUUCAAGACCGCGAGCGGGAUACCCAUCAUGGACGUCAACUUCGCGACGGGGGACGCGCAUCAGCCGACGUGGACGAACCGCGCGUCCCUCGCGGAGGUUGGCACGCUCGUGCUCGAGUGGGCCGCGCUCGAGGAAGCGCUGCUCGUCGCGGAGAACAGGAGCGAGACGACGCGCACGCGACAGCGGUGGGUCAUGCACGGCUUGAUAACGAAAGGGCUGUGGGACCCCGCGACCGGCGGGUUGCUGCCGAGCUCCGUGAGCGCGGUGACGGCGACGUUUGACGCGUCGUCGACGCUGACGUUGGGUGCUCGAGGCGAUUCGUACUACGAGUACCUCCUGAAGCACUGGAUCCACGCCGGGAAACCAGCGGGCGGGGAGAGGGCGUACUUGAACGCGAUGGACGGCGUGCUGAUGUAUCUGUUGCAUCGCGCGGGGGGAGAGGCGCUGAACCACAAGAUGGACCACCUCGCGUGUUUCCUCCCGGGCGUCCUCGCGCUCGGGGCGAGUCUCCCCGCGAGCACGACGCACCUGGACAUCGCGCGCGAGCUCGCGCGGACGUGUGUGCAGAUGUACGCGCGGACGAGCACGGGGCUCGCGCCGGAGAUGGUGCACUUCGCCGCGGAGGGCGCUUCCACGACGUCGCACGGGGACUUCGUCGUGAAACUCCAGGACGCGCAUAAUGUACUGCGACCGGAGACGGUCGAGUCUUUGUACGUGCUGUGGAAGACGACGAACGAGCGAGAGUGGCGCGACGCCGCGUGGGCGAUGUGGCGGGCGUGGGAAAUCCACGCGAAAGUUCCCAGCGGCGGGUACGCGAGCCUGCGCGACGUAGAGAACGGCGACAACAGCGAGGAAGGGGCGAAGAUCGAUCGCAUGGAGAGCUUCUUCCUCGGGGAGACGCUGAAGUAUCUGUACUUGACGUUCUCGGACGACCCGGCGUUGCUUCCGAUGGAGUGCUUCGUGUUCAACACCGAGGCGCACCCGCUGCCGGUGUUGCGUGACGGCGUGAGCGACGGCCGCGCGUGCGUCGAAAGAGUCGUCGAAGGCCACGUGGAGACGCUCGCGGAGACGCUCGGGGUGUGA